AGUUACACCUUGCAUGUUGUCUAGUCGUAGCGGGGGCGGUGAUAUAUUUAUUUAUAUCUAGAGUUGAUAAGGUGAUGUAAUAUUUAAGAAGAUCAAAAAAACCUAAUGGUAUAAUAAGCUAUCGUGAAUAUAGGAUGGACACUGACGAAUUUCGCCAUAUUGGGAAAAACAUGGUAGAUUACAUAUGCAGCUACAUGGAAAAUAUUGAUACAAGAAGAGUGACUCCAAAUAUCGAACCAGGUUACCUUAGAAAAUUACUACCUGGUGACGCUCCAGAAAACCCUGAAGAUUGGGAAAAAAUUAUGGAUGACAUCGAAACGAAGAUCAUGCCAGGAGUCACACAUUGGCAACAUCCAAGAUUUCACGCUUAUUUUCCAAGUGGGAACUCGUACCCUUCCAUUCUUGGAGAUAUGCUAUCGGCUGGAAUAGGUUGUAUUGGGUUUUCUUGGGCAGCCAGCCCAGCGUUAACUGAACUGGAAACGAUAGUAUUGGAUUGGUUGGGUAAAGCGAUAGGACUGCCGGAUCAAUUUUUAGCGUUUAAAGAAGGUAGUAAAGGUGGAGGAGUUAUACAAACAUCUGCUAGUGAAUGUGUCCUAGUUUCUAUGCUGGCGGCAAGGGCUCAAGCAAUUAAAAGAUUGAAGCAACAACAUCCUUUCGUUGAAGAAGGUUUACUCCUGUCGAAACUCAUGGCAUAUUGUUCCAGAGAAGCGCAUUCAUGCGUGGAGAAAGCCGCUAUGAUUUGUUUUGUCAAAUUAAGGAUUUUGGAACCGGACGAGAAGUCAUCUUUGAGGGGUAAAACGCUUUUAAUGGCCAUGGAAGAAGACGAAACUAUGGGUUUAAUUCCCUUCUUCGUAUCAACAACUUUAGGAACAACUUCCUGUUGCGCUUUUGAUAAUUUGGAAGAAAUAGGACAAGUUUGCCAGAAAUUUCCGUGCGUGUGGUUACACGUUGACGCAGCAUAUGCCGGUGGAGCUAUGAUAUGUCCAGAAUUAAAAUAUCUUCUAAAAGGAAUAGAUUACGCGGAUUCCUUCAAUACGAAUCCAAAUAAAUGGCUUUUGACUAAUUUUGAUUGCUCAACGUAUUGGGUCCGAGAUCGUUUAAGACUAACUUCGGCGUUGGUAGUUGAUCCUCUCUAUUUACAACACGGUUAUUCAGAUGCAACCAUAGAUUAUAGACAUUGGGGAGUUCCGUUGAGCAGAAGAUUCAGGUCCUUAAAGAUAUGGUUCGUACUGAGAAGUUAUGGUAUUUCUGGUUUACAAAAGUAUAUCAGGAAUCAUAUUACAUUAGCCCAUAGGUUUGAAGAGCACGUAGUUAGGGAUAGAAGAUUUGAAUUGUGUAAUGAAGUGAAAUUAGGUUUGGUAUGUUUUCGAUUAAAAGGAAGUGAUAAAUUAAACGAAAAAUUAUUGAGUAGUAUAAAUGCAUCUGGUAAAUUGCAUAUGGUUCCUUCUAAUGUCAACGAUAAAUACGUAAUUAGGUUUUGUGUUGUUGCCGCUAAUGCAGAUGAAGAAGAUAUAGAUUACGCUUGGGAAGUGAUUAAGGAAUUUGCCGAAGAGCUAUUAGAGGCCCAAUCAUCAGAAAAGGAAAGGGAAUUGCAAGAUGAAGUGUUCGACCUGUUGGAAAGAAAGAAAAAAGAAACUUUGGCUCACAAACGUAGUUUCUUCGUACGUAUGGUUAGUGAUCCUAAAAUUUACAAUCCUUCAAUAGCCAAAUCUCUCCCGUCUACCAGAAGACACGUGACGGAAACAGCAGACUCUCCUAUGUCACCAGAUGGAAACAUUACUAUAGAACCACCCUCUAUUCCUAGGUCUCGGGCAGUAAAAUUACAUUCUUUAAAAAGAAGUUCGUCUUGGAUCAGUUGGCCAUUAGCAUUUUUAUUCCAAGGAAUAGCUGAAGAUGGUUCUGCAAGUGACUUGCCUCUCAGGUUUAGACAUCUUGAUACUAAAGUAAGAUUGAAGACAUCAGGAAAAGGACAAAACGGAUCUUCUCCAUCGGUUUCUCCAGACGGUGAAAAUAGCAGAUCUCCAAAAAGAUCUCCUUCGUCGUCAAGAAGGUCAUCUCCGGCUGGAUCCUCCUAAAUCAUUAAUAGCUCUCUAUUAUAGGGUGAUUCUUUAGGAGAAAUUUUAAAUCUAAACAUUUGGGCAGAUGUUCUCAAAUGUGCCAUAAUAAUCUAGAAGUUUAAAUUAAUUAUCCCAGAUCGAGAUCAUAUUUACGAGGUAGGUCAAAGUUCGUUAGAAAAAAGAUUUAUCUCUUACCUCUUCUCCCAAAUAAUAAAAUAGUAGGCAAACUGUUAGAUACAUUUUUCUAAUAUCCUUAGAUUCUACAGGUUUUAAUGAAAAGGUAGGUUAUAAAUUGGGCCAAUAUAAGGGAAUCAAAAGCAUCUUGAUUAAAAAAAAGUUACCUUAUUCUAAAUAUUGGAACAUGAACAAAAAAUUACAUCCCUUGGAAGAUACAAAAUAGGUUUAUUUUGAUAUGUCAAGAAGAUUUUGUAAUGAAAAUGCAUACAUAUCUCUCUUAUUAUAAGAUCAUCUUGUUCAUGUUGAAUCAUAAAAUCAAAUGACAGUCCAUAAAAAUUUCAGGUUGGUUUGAUAACUCUCAAGCUUCCAAUCUUUGCUAUACGUUAAAAUCAAAUCAGUAUAUUGACACAAUUCUUUAAAAACAUUAUUUUUUAAAUUUAUUUGCCUCUUUCAUUAAUUAACAAACAUAUUUGGUACCAUUUUAUAAAGUAAAACCGAUUUAUUUAUCUAACGAAUUUGAUUUGCACUUCCAAUGAUUUGAUCCCUCAAUUAUGGUACCACGAUACACGUUCACCUUUAUGAAACCUCAAAAGCAAAAGCCAGUAGUGUUAAGACAUCUAGCUGGUCAAUAAAUAGGUGUAUCAGGGUCUUUCCAAUUGAAUAUCCAAGAUAAUACCGUAUAUUUUGUCUACAAUUCCCUCUUUCUACUACUUAUAUCAAUCGUGAUGUACGCAGCUCUAGUUGGAAUAUACUACCAAGAGCUAUAGGUAACAAUUCCAUGCUCAAUAAAAUAUAGGCUUGACGCAUGUAGUGAAAGACACUUAGUAUCUCAGAAGUCAGUAGACCUACCGAGAAUAGUACUAGAAGAAGAUUAAGAGAUCGUGAACUAAAUUUUUGUAACAUUUGACACGACCAGCAGUGCAGAUUCCAAGAAGAAUAAUAAGAAAGAAGAGGGUUCAGCUCAUGCCACCCCCUUUACGUUCACGUGCUACCGGUGUGCUAUGUUUAAAAGAUUAAAUGGUAGAGGGAGUAUGUGGGGCCCGAGCAGGCGUUUUAUGCAAAUAUUGCAAACAGUAACUAGCACGUGCGCAUCUAAUUAAAUAGUAACUAACCUAUAAUCUACGGUAAAAGAUUCUGCAAGAAAUUAAAAAAAUAAAUUUUUGAGGUCGUAUUAGUUGCAACAGGACCCGUUGCUAUCUGAAGUUCAAAAAACAUAAGAUAUUCCCUAUUUUGUGAUCGAAAUGAGCUGAGACUCCAUCUCGUAUUUUUCUUAUCCUACAUUUUCCUCUUCCAAAAACUCUGGUAAAGUAUUUUGUAAGAGCUAGAAUUAGUUCUUUAAAAUCAUUAUUCAUAAUACCUGCCCAAAUAUUGAUUUGAAAAAAUCAUUUAUGGAGAAGAAAGUGUGAUUUAUCAUUUGACGGAGUAUGAAUAAUGGAAACGAUAUUAUGAUUUUUUUCCAUCAAGAAUCAGUCGCGAAAGCCGAUUCUUCCAUAGUAAUCGCCAUCUAGUCAUUCAUGAGCCAAGUGCAAAGGAUGGAGCUUCUGUUCAUUCACUCUUCUGUAAACCAUUAUGUUAACAACAGUUUAUUGACCGACUAUUACCCUUGUACUUUUUCUAAAGUUAUUUAGACCAAUUCUUCAUCAUUUAUAUCAAUUUUUAUUGGAAAUAAAUAAUCGCCUGUCUAUUGUAAUACGAUUAAAUAUUUUUUCUGUAUCAGAAUUACAGAUAAUUAUCUGAAACUUUGUUUUAACCUGACCAAAUUAUCCAAAAUCGGCAUAUCUAUCUGUAAACACGUAAACCAUUGUAACAAAAAGAUGAAUUUAAUCAGGGCCGGAUUAAGAUUUAUAAGGCCCGGGGCUAAAAUAAUGACGGGGCCCCCUUAAGGAAUUCGAAAACCCAGAAAAAUUCACAAAAUAAUAUCAAUACGUUAGAUUUGUGGUAUCAACACAUCAAAAAAUACAGAAUGAUUUCCAAAUGAUGGGGCCCUCUUGGACCUGGGACCCGGGGCUAUAGCCCCCCAAGCCCCUAGCUUAAUCCGGCCCUGAAUUUAAUAUAUUGUAUAUAUAUUUAAUAUAAUAUAUAAUUGUUAAACGAACUGUUUAUUCCUUAAAAACUACAAAUGCUGAACAACCAAUCACAAAAUUUUUUGCCAAAAAAUACAAAAAAUGAUGUGUGGUGUUACAAUAUUGAUUUAUUUGUACAUUAUAAUUGUGGGGUUUUAGACGCCCAAAACAUUUUAUGAGCUAUACCGAUUACGUCGUUUCAUAUAAAAAUGCGGUUAAGAUAAUAAAGUCGUACUAAUUAUUAUUGCAAAGAGUUACAAGAAAUAUGUAUUAUAGGAUCAAAAACUUCGAUUAAACAUAACAUCACUUUCACAUAAAAAAAUUCAUACAAAUCAGUUUUUUCCAUGUGAAAGUGAUGUUAUGUUUAAUCGAAGUUUUUGAUCCUAUAAUACAUGGUUCAUUUUAUGACAUACUUUCCUGUUACAUCCUCUGUAAAGUUGCAACAAUGUUAUUAGGAAUAAUGUCAACUACUCUCCUAAUUUAGUUAAAUGCUCUCUAGAAAUAAAUCUAUGGUUUAAUGAAUUGUAUGUUGCAUUUCUAAUGUUUCGAGCUAGAAUGAUGAAUAUUUUAAACCUUAUUCAUAUUGUUACAUUAGUACGAGUAUUAAUUAUAAAGAUAAAGUGUCUGUAAAAAAAUUCAACUUUCGUUAUUACCGUUGAUGGUGGAGCUUCUCAAUAUUACAUAUAAAUUGAAUAGAUUAUCCUAAUAACAAGUUCCUAUAAAAAGAAUCACCCUGUAUACAAUUAAUACGUAUAUACUUGCAAUCCUAAAUGUAGAAUAUUAUAUUGGUUUGAAAAUCUUUGAGGUUUUCAAAAAUAAAUGAU